AUGUUGAUGACACGAAAGAAGAUCCUCGAUAGCGUCCCCCGCUAUCGAGCAGUCCUGCAAGACGAGCCGGAGUAUUUUUCGGUUGGGCACGACAUGGGCAUCCCAUUCGUGCUGACCGAACAAAUGCAAAGUGAGAAGGAUGCGGCGGUUCUCGCCUGCGGCAUCGGGGACGCAAGGCUCCUCUAUGCCACCAUCGUCUUCGCGGCGAUGGUGGCGCCCAAGUCCAAGCAGUUCCACUUCACGCUCGUGGACGUGAAGCCCGCCGUCUUUGCUCGCGAUCUGCUCGUCUUCCACAUGUUAGUGGCAAUGCGGAACCAGGCAGGCGAGAAGAAAGAGGAAACAAGCUGGGCAAUAGCCUAUGUGUUUGCCGGCCAGGUCAUGCCGCCCUGGGCUUCUGAGAUUCUCCAUGAGAGCAUAUCGGCUCUCAUCACCGCGUUAGAAGAUGCCUCCAGCAACGUCAUGGACAUCUUCUAUGUUUCUGGUCCUGCCCGUGAGAAGAUCAUCCAUAUCUUGAAGCAGUGGCGUGAGCCUCCUGUGGAGAUCUACACGGUGGCUGCCAUCCGACGAAUGAUGGUAGAGCAGUCGGACGCUCAGAAUAAAGCCUUCGUCAAGGAGUCUGAAGAUGAACCACCCAACCCCAAGCUCCCUCCCGGCUGUCUACAUACAGACAGUGACGCACGACUCUUUAGCGACAUUCAUGUCGCGUUGCCUUCGGUGCCUCUACUCGAGAGGCAUGAGCCCGAGCUCCUCGUCCUUUCUAAAGCGUAUCGUGAGAGUCACAGUCCCUCUGACCGGAAGGCUCUGGACGACUAUAUCAACUCGACCUGGAAGCCUAAUGUCACCGUCAUCGAUUUCGAAUUUGAACUCAAGUGCGAGGAUCGCGGAAAGCUGUCUGGUCAACCUUUCUUCAACUGGUCCCCUGACGGCGUUGCUACGGCUCUUUUCAUGGCCCUGCCAUACCAGAUAUUCCUGUCCAAGCCGGGCGUGUUUGAACAUAUCUCCGCUUUUUUCCGCAAGGUUUCAUCCAGUCUCGAGAAGCUCGGCGACCGCAUUGUCAUCGAAGUCGUUACAGGAGAGAUGAAUGACACAUUUGAACGUCUGCGAUACGGGCUCCUCCGGUUUGGGCAAAAGGCCAUUGGAAACCUAGACCCGAGCAAGUUCCCAAACAGAUUCGACAAGAUCGACAUGAGCAAUAUCCCUGAUUACGUCGGGGGCUCCUUCACGUCUUUCAUCCACGGUAUACCCCUCCUUCGAGAGGAACGACGAUCCCUCCUGAGAUCCUACGUACUUCGAAACCUACACGCCUGGGAUUCUCACGAUAUAUUCCUAGCAGAGUAUCUUGUCCUCGGCAAACGCGAGGUGAUUCAGUCCCAUUUCCGGACAGAUCUUACGCAACUCUCCUUGGGUCAUGAACUUAGGAACGCAGGCAAGACUUCACCUUCUGGAAGUACAGCCAUGAGCACUCCAUUGGAGUGGCAGCGCACCGCGCCACUCUCAUCGCAUCUGCCCCUCGGAGACCGCAUGUCACGGCGAAGACUCGAACGGUGGCUCCAUUCUCACUUCCUCAAGCUUUGCCUGCCGCAUAUUCGCUACCGAGCCUCGAAUGUGGGUGUGAGCGCCCCCCUGAACUUGACAUCCUUCCUCCAUCUCAUCGCUCACGUCGUCUCUCUUGGGUAUCCACGCGCUUGGCUCUCUCGCGUAUUACACAAGUUGUGCACUGGCAUGUUGACUCAGACUCAAGCCGCCCCUCCUGUCGAUGAGAUCACGGACGAGGACCUGGCCGAGGUUAUAUUCAACCCAGUCGACUUCUCCGUUGGUCCUUUCGCCGCAGAGUUUCGCACUCUCGUCGCCAUCUGGGAGCCAAUCCUCGACGUUCCCUUGGCCUGGAACACCCCCGUCGCUGGCAAGAAGCUCCUCCCGGAAGCCGAGAUGAUUCGAAAGUUCACCGUCCGAUUCCCGAAGGGGCCGAUCGUGACUACAGGCUUGUUGGAAAUCAGCUGCUUCUCGGUAGUCCUGAAGAAGAAGUCGCUCAAGGCUCCAGGCCGCACUCUCCGAGGGUUUCUAGACGACCGGAUGGACGAAUGUCCCAAACUUCCUGAUGCCAAGCGUGUCCGGAGGGAGCCGCAUGUACACGUGAUCUCGGCAUGCAAGUUCACGCCCGAGACGUUCGAGGUGGAGUUUUGGCUCGACGAGAGAGAGGUGGACACCCUGGUCGCUGAGACUGGCUGGGAGGCGUGGAUCUGGCGCACUGAUGUGUACGAAUCGGCCAUGGGCCCUGUUUCUCUGGACAGUUAUGGUGACUUGGUCAAGGGCGAAGCUUGGUCCGAGACGAUCUAA